GCCAUUGCCAAGAUCGGUGAUAAGCCUAUCCAGAAAGCUCUUCAGUCAUCCAAUCCCUGGCGAGAGAUCAAGCAGUUGGCCAAUCAAAUGCUUCCCCCAUUUCAACUUGUCCUUGCGAGUGAGCUCCAAGACGCGGUGGCUCUUCGUGCUUCCAUGGGCCCAGGAAUUUUCGUUGAUGGGGAGACGCCGUUGCAUCAGCUUGCGUUGAAAGAGCUUGGCCCCACCAGUUCGGGUGUGGUGUUAGUUACUCCAGCUGAGGCUUCCCCAUAUCUUACACUUGCAAAGCCCGUCAGUCGCAAUGCCUUGGCGCUUGUUGUGGUUGGCGAAGUUGAUCUUUCUGGAGCCAGUGUCAAGUUCGAGACUCUUCGUUUUUGUGCUGAGUGUGCUGAUACUGGUGCUCCUGCUCUUGUCUCGGGCACCUUGGUUCAGAUUGGUGACAGAUGGGUCUCCAAACACAUUCCGGCUCCUACUUCGGUUGAGCAGAUUCCUUCUGCGGUCGUGCGAGUUGCUGUUUUCAAGGACCAGUUCGAGGGGGCCUCGUCUGGAGUUCGAGGUAUCUUCUUUGAGCCUCGUGCUGCCGACGCGCGCGACACUCCGUUUGUUGACAAAACCAAACUGCGUCGGUUUCAUGCCGGCCCAUUCCCAUAUGGUACGCAGCGGCGUGCUGUCACCAAAGCCUUGAUUGACAUGGGUUGGAAAGCGUGUCCGAUGCAGCCAGCUCCGGGACAUGCCGGGGGACUUUGGUGGGUUGUUCAUGCUGAGGCCGCGCCACCCCAAAACGUGCUUCACACACAGUUCGGUGAAGUCAUAUUCAGCGAGGUGCCGUCUCGAGAGCAGGUGAAGCCCCCAGCCCCUAUUGUCCUCGCUUCGCGGCCCACCCUCCACAAUUUGCAGGCCUCGGGUGCUGCAUCAUCUGAGGAUCCGCUACAGCAGUCUGACCCUUGGAUGCAGGCCCUUCAAGCCGCUAACACAUCAAGUGGUUCAGAUGCAGCCGCACCUUCUGCUUCCGUUGUAGCCUUUUCUGCAGCGGUGGAAAAGCGUGUCUUGGCUCGUGUUGGGCAAACAGCAUCGGCAGUCGCCUCCUCCGCAGUUGCACCCUCCGCUCUUGAGCUUGAGACACGAAUCCUGGCCAAAGUCGAUGAAAAGAUUCAGGUUGCUUCUGCUGCUACUGGGCAGCGUCCCCAGCAGGUCGAGGGCAAGGUCGUUGAAAUCGGUGCCAAAGUUGACAGUGUUGAUUCUUCCUUGCGUAACCUCUUCAACGAACAGAUGUCUCGCAUUGAGGUCUACGCGACCUCCCGUGUACAGGUUGCUCAUUUCUUCGUUGAGCCCCUCUGGAUUUUGGGUGGCGUCGCCUAUGGGUAUGUGGCAGAUCCUGCUAAAACUUCGUUCCUUCUUGAUGCCCUGACUGAGCGGGUUGUUUAUCAGGCUUCAGGGCCUCGGUUCUUCGGUGGCGACUUCAACUUGGAGUCUGAUCGCCUUGAUCUUUGGGCUACUUGGCAUGAUCACGGAUUUGUUGAGAUUCAGGAUUUCCUUCAACGCAUGACUGGGCGUCCGCCCCAGGUGACGUGCAAACAUAGCACAAGGAAGGAUUUCCUCUUCAUUUCGAGGGAGUUGCAGACUUUGUUCAUUGAAGCCACAGUUGACCACACUUUCUUCGCGGACCACGCUGUUCUUGCGGCCUUGUUCUGCCACGGCUUCGUUGAUCGUUCCGUCGACUGGUUGGAUGCCGCCACAGUCUUCCCCUUCUGCCGUGCCAGCACUCGUGAUGUUCGGUGUCAGCGUGGGGUUGUCCCGCCUGCUCCUCGUGCCCGUGAUGGGGAGGCCCAGCCACAGUACUUUGGUCAAAACUUGCGUCACACACAUUGGUUUCGCCAGCUUCGGCGUAUCCAAGCGUAUGUUCAGGCUAUGGUUCGGGUUAACCCUGCUCCUUCUGCCGUCGAGCAUCGGGCCGCCUUGUGGGAUGCCAUUUGCCGUGCUCCGGGGUUUGGGGCUCCUUUCUCAGUGUGGUGGAUGUCUCGCGACUGUGUUCUGGAAGAGGACCCUGAUUCAUUCCCAUCUUGCCCGCCAAACGCUGAGGUUGCGCGACGUUUGUUCUUGUCCUUUGAGGCCAACUUUCGGUCCUUUGAGCGUCGCUUGCUGUCGGAGCGCCGUCAGGUUGCCUCCACCCGUCGCGUGCAGGAUCCCAAUCUCAUCUUCCGUGAUUUGCGGCCUCCUGCUGCUCGGCCGGUUGACUCGCUGCUUGAACAUCGUUCUGCUGAGGUUUGCGAAGUUGUUGUUGAUGAAGGCGCCCUUGAACUUACUCAGCAUGUUGAUUGGCAUCCGGACUUCCCUCUCCUCCACAAGGGUCGGCCUUUAAAUGUUGCGCAUGUUGAGUCGGACAAAAUCUGGGUUGACCUCCCUGAGAAUUGUGCGCCAGGUGAUCGGGUUGAUCAGCCGGUCUUGCUAGGUUCCUUACCGGAUGUGUUCCGGGCCUUCGCUCAGGAAUGGAGUCGACGGUGGCAGCGCCAUGACCAAGUCGAUCCUCAAAGGUGGGCACCGCUGGUAGCAUCUUUUGCAGCCAGGUGCCCAAUCCCUCCCAUGGUCUAUCACCCUAUCACCUUGGCCACUUGGCGUGCUGAAGUCCAGCGUAAACAUGCACAUAGCAGUACUGGUCCUAACGGUGUUUCGCGUGCGGAUUUACUUCUUCUGCCUGUUGACUUGACACAGGCUCUUUUGGACCUUUGCCACCAUGCUGAGGCCACUGGCGAUUGGCCACGUCAGAUGCUUGAUGGUGUUGUAACUGCCUUGGAGAAGAUCCCUGAUGCUUCCCUGGUUGGCCAGUUUCGGCCCAUAACGGUGCUGUCGUUGACGUAUCGUGUCUGGUCCUCCAUCCGCGCUCGGCAGUGCCUCGCGCAUUUGGCUCGUUAUGCUCCGCUGGGCCUUCUUGGUAACCUUCCAGGUCACGAAGCGCGUGAAGUCUGGUAUACUUUACAACUGCUGGUUGAGUCUUCUUACCAUAGAGCCAUUCCUGUUUCUGGGUUCACGGCUGAUCUCAGCAAGGCUUACAACCUGCUACCGCGUACACCGGUCCUUGCUUUCGCUGCAGUCUGUGGCAUCCAUGCAGGCAUCAUUCGGGCUUGGACGGGCGCUCUUUCCGGCUUCAUGCGUCGGUUCCGUGUGCGUGGGUCGCUGGGUCCGGCUUUACCUAGCACCACCGGUUUUCCUGAAGGUGACGGCUUGUCGCGUGUUGCCAUGGUUCUCGUUAACAUUGCUUAUCAUGACCACAUGCGUUCGCCCGUGAUCCCUCUCAGGUUCUGCAG